CGAUACCAGCCAUAGCCUCCAAACCAAUCGGCGUCCUUUUCGAGAGCUGCCGCUGACCACAAACCAUCGCCGACUUCCUCAAUUACUGAGACCUUUUUCGCUCUCUCAGGCGCUGAGCCCUUCAAUCCGCUGCUUAAAAAGGUCCAGUUCCUACCAUCAGCUACAAUGCCUACAACCACCGCGGAAACACUCUCGCUGGUCACGAGAAACGUCUCCGUAGCUCCGCUAGUCCUCCUCUCCGCGGUCGACCAUUACAACCGAACAGUCCAGAACAAGACCAAGAGGCGGGUUGUCGGUGUUCUUCUCGGCCAGAACGAUGGAAAGAACGUGAGGGUGUCAAACAGUUUUGCAGUUCCCUUUGAGGAGGAUGAAAAGGACCCUUCAGUGUGGUUCCUGGACCACAACUACGUCGAGUCGAUGAAUGACAUGUUCAAGAAAGUGAAUGCGCGCGAGAAGCUGGUGGGCUGGUACCAUACCGGACCCAAGCUUCGUGCUUCUGAUCUUGAGAUCAACGAGCUCUUCAAACGAUACACACCCAACCCCCUACUAGUCAUCAUUGAUGUUCAGCCGAAGGAAUCCGGUGUCCCUACUGACGCGUAUUUUGCGGUCGAGGAAAUCAAGGAUGAUGGCACCACCACUUCUCGAACAUUUGUCCAUACACCUUCGAUUAUCGAAGCCGAAGAGGCUGAGGAGAUUGGUGUCGAGCACCUACUAAGGGAUAUCCGCGACGUUGCUGUGGGCACCCUGUCCACUCGCGUGACUAACCAGCUCCAGUCUCUUCAAGGACUGCAUCUCCGGUUACGAGACAUCGGAGCCUACCUCCAGAAAGUUCUCGACGGCCAACUCCCGGUCAACCAUGCGAUCCUCGGGAACCUUCAAGACGUCUUCAACCUUCUCCCCAACCUCUCCACACCCGAUGAUGAUAGCAAAUUGGGAAGCCACGAAUUAUCACAUGCCAUGAGCAUCAAGACCAACGACCAGCUGAUGGCCAUCUAUCUAAGCAGUCUGAUACGUGCCAUUACGGCAUUCCACGAUUUAAUAGAGAACAAGAUCCAAAACCGACAGCAGCAAGACGAGAAGGAGACUAAGAAGGAGGAGUCUAAUACCAAGGAUGAGAAGAAGGAUGGCACCGCCACUGCCGCGAACGGAGAGGCCAAGGAAGGUGGUGAGAAAGAAAAGCCCAAGAAGAAAUAAUUAAAGAGACAGCGCACAUGGGGCCGCCUCAGAAUCAGAAAGAAGGCGUCUGAGUGCUUAGAGUAAUAAAGUCAAAUAGCGGUUUCUAUAUGUGGUGGAUAGCGAACCGCUAGGGGAAAAAAAUCAACUGAAAUAGAUAUUUUGCAUUUCCAU